CAUGGCGUCUUCCUUCGUGGCCGGCGAGCGCUUGGUUCGCGCUUUAGGCCCUGGCGGGGAACUAGAGCCUGAGAAACUGCCCCGAAAGCUACGGGCCGAACUGGAGGCCGCAGUGGGGAAGAAACACAAGGGCGGCGAUAGCCCGCGUGGCCCCCAGCGCCUGGUUUCCUUCCGUCUGAUCCGAGAUCUGCACCAGCACCUGAGGGAGAGGGGCUCCACGCUCUAUCUCCAUGAGCUCCUGGAAGGCAGUGAAAUCUAUCUCCCAGAGGUGGUGAAGCCUCCUCGGAACCCAGAGUUAGUCGCCCGGUUGGAGAAGAUUAAGAUACAGCUGGCCAACGAGGAAUAUAAGCGGAUCACCCGUAAUGUCACCUGCCAGGAUUCCAGGCAUGGUGGGACUCUCGGUGAACUGGGGAAACAAGUGAGGUCGGUGAAGGCUCUGGUCAUCACCAUCUUCAACUUCAUUGUCACGGUGGCAGCUGCCUUUGUCUGCGCUUACCUCGGAAGCCAGUAUAUAUUCACAGAAAUGGCUUCGCGGGUGCUGGCUGCACUGAUCGUGGCCUCUGUGGUGGGGCUGGCCGAGCUAUAUGUCAUGGUGCGAGCAAUGGAAGGCGAGUUGGGAGAGCUCUAACCGAUGCUUCAUGGACACAUUCUGGAAAAGGUUUGGCAGGCUUCGUUCAGACUCACAACUGCCGACUGACUCUCUGUCAGCCCUGCCAGCUCUUUGUUCUAAGCUCAGUAUGUCCAAGGGCCAGGCCACCUGCUGUUCCUGUGGAGAGCCCAUCCCCAUGAGUUCCAGAGGGGACUCAGGCAGCGGAUCUUCAGUCACAAAGAACUGGCCUGUCAGUACCGUGCCCUGAAUCUGGUGCUCCACUUUCUUGUCCAGUCCUCUCUGAGCACCAUUGUGACUUUUUGUUUUCUGCGGGGAGUGAAUGGAUUCCAGGCCUUCCUAGAAGUAGACCAGACGGCCAUGAACUUGCCCAAACGUACAAACCAGUUGUCAUCCUUUGUGCACAUGUCCCCAAUGCAGACGUGGCAUUGUAGUCAGAAGAGUUCCCCAAAGCGGGAUCUCCCCUCUCUGGUUUGUGCUGAAGGAGGGUCUGGCCAGAGGGUACUGAACUAGAGAAAGGAGUUGGUGCAGGAUGGUGAAAUUAGAAGGACGGCAGCUACCUUUUUAAAAUUGUAGUUUUCACCUUCAUCCUCCUCUUCCUUCAGCCUGCCCUCACCACCACCCCCUUUUGUGACAUGUUUCUGUCACUUCCCAACCCUAGUCUGUGCUCACCCAUGCUCCAUCCCAUCACCCUUUGCUCUACCUCCAAAGCGCCAAACAGUCCAGUUGACAAACAGUACGUCUGCUUUACACGGCAAGAUUCUGUGUGUGCGUGUGGCGGGAGGAUUCUACCUACUGGGGGCUUGUUUCAAUAGAGCUGUAUUUUAUAAGCGGGGACCAUUUUCAGAUACAACUCUAGAUACAAAUGUGUAGUAUGUGUAAUUAGACAUAAGCCUAAUGCAGGGUAUCGUAUGGGCGUUUUUAAAACAAAAUGUGGGUGCAUGCAGAAGACACCAUGUGAAUGGUCACAGUUGGUGUCAUUGCCGUACAUGGUUACCUUCGGUCUUCCCAGUCCACAAGGUUGGAAAUGGAGGCAGUGUAGGUCCUUUUUCUAAAAGACAGCAUGGGCCGAGGGACACAAGUGACCGCUGCCUGGGCCUUCAUACGACACACGGAGGCACGAACUCCUAGAAUGUCCUGGAGUCCCUGUCACGUGACUCUCCUCAGAACAGGCAGUGUUGUGAUGACAGAACCCGCAUAGGGCACUUAGAAGAUCAUCCACUGGAGUUAUUUGUUCAAUAAAUGUUGAUUGCAUACA